UGGAGUCCACAUCACUUCUUUUUUUACGCAGCAGAGAUGAACACUUGGAUAGCGAGUUCCAACCCUGCCAUGAAACUAAUUUUGCUCUUCACCGCCUCCCUCACCUGGGCCUUUCAGCAGGAGUCGGCACCGCCCAAGUACCAGUACCGCCACCAGGUGACCUCCGAGCUCCUCCUGUGCGACCAGUGUCCCCCUGGCACGUCCGUGAGGCGACACUGCAGCGCCGACAGGCCCACGGAAUGCCGAGCCUGCCCUGAGAGACACUUUGCUGACAACUGGCACUGGGGGGACUCGUGCCAACACUGCACCUCGGUGUGCAAAGAGAGGCAGCUGGUGAAGCAGGAGUGCAACAGUACCCAUGACAGAGUGUGUGAAUGUGCUGCAGGUUUCCACCUAGUGGUCGAGUUCUGCAUCACACACAGCCCCUGCCCAUCUGGGUAUGGAGUGGCAGCUUCGGGUACGCCAGUGAGCGACACGGUAUGCAAGCCAUGUCCUGUUGGCCAUUUCUCCAGCCGCCGCUCGUCAACAGAACUGUGUCGGCCCCACAGAAACUGCACAGAUGUGGGCUUGAAGACGCUGCGAUGGGGCACGUCCGCUUCAAACAGCAUCUGUGGAAGCCAGGACCAAAUUAUGGCCAUCGAUUGUGCACAUCAUCACACAUUGUGUCACACAGAUGUGCUCUUGUGUGAGGAGGCAGUUUUCCAGUCACUAGCCUCCCUGCAGUUGUCCUCCGUGCCCCUGGAACGUCUGUUGGAGAGUCUUCCAGGCCGCAGGGUGGAUCGCAAGAGCGUGGAGAGGCUGAAGAAGGCUUGUUCGCCGCAGCAACACGUCCUCCAGCUGCUGCGACUAUGGAGGCAGCAGAACAAGGACCAGGAUAAGCAGUAUGGCAUUAUAAAAGGUGUCAACCACUGUGAACGCAAGGUCUCCCGCUGCAACACCCUGAAGAACCUGACUUUUGAUGACCUCUUGGAGGUGACCAACAGCUUGCCAGGGGUCAAAGUUCGCCCGGAGGACGUGUCGGCGGUGGUGGCGACCUGUCCCCCAAAGCAGUACGUCCUGCAGCUGCUCCAUCUGUGGAAGAGGGCCAACUUUGACCUGGAUCUGGUCAAAGGUCUUUCUCACAGUGUGAGGGUGCUGCGCGGCAAAGGGGCGCCGCGUUAUCUUCUGAAAGGCCUCAAGAAGAUCAGCCGCAUCAUAGGCUCCGCCUCCACUCGCAAGACGUAUGAAAAGAUGUUUGUUAGUAUGCUUCAAGAUGAACUGUCUUUUAAAACUCUCAAGCCAUUCAAUGAAUAAGAGUAAAAAAGGCUGCUGUUUCAGUAGGGAUGGGAAUUCUACUAAAUCUUCUUAAUCGGCUUUGGGAAAAAUCAAAUUUUUUCUAUGAGAAUCUCUCCUGGAAUGUUCUCAGCACCUGUUUCCAUGCUGUGUUGUACUGAGCAGAGGAGUUGUACCAUACCAAAGGUCUGCGUGGUUGUCGUUUUUCAACAGCGUCUCCUCUGGUCGCAGAUGAGUAGUGCACUCCGUUUUGUCUCCAUAGCUUCCAGAUACAUCCAUCCUUCCAUCCAUUUUCUACCGCUUGUCCCUUUUGAGGUCGCACAAUUAAUCCACAAUGAAUUCUCCAGAAUUGCCCAUUCCUUGCUUGUAUCCUAAAUAAACUCCAAAGGAGAACAACACUCAAGCUCUAAAACACUCAUAGUGCGAUUACAUAUAUAUAUAUAUAUAUAUUUAUAUUUAUAUAUAUAUAUAUAUAUAUAUAUAAAUAUAUAUAUAUAUAUAUAUAUAUAUAUAUAAAGUGGUACCUUGGUUUUUGGUAGCAAUCCAUUUGCGUAACCCAAAUCGUACAAAAACCGAGGCAAUCUUUCCAAUAAGAAAUCAUAUAAAUCAAAUUAAUCAGUUCCAAACACCCAAAAAUAUUAACACAAGACACGUUUUAUAAAGAAUAUUUAUAGUUUUUCAUUCAGAUAACAAUGUAAAUUAAACAUAAAUGAUCUACUUUUUUAUUUUAUUUAUUUAUUUUAUUUUUUUG